AUGGGUGUUUUUCAAAAGAUGGCUUGGUCCAAGAGCACUAGGAUCAAGGUCAUGAUCGCCAUUGACACGGCCUUCUUCAUCGUCGAGAUUGUCUCUGGUUUCCUCGCGCAUUCUCUGGCUCUUAUGGCCGAUGCUUUUCACAUGCUUAACGAUAUCAUUUCUCUUGUCAUUGGUCUUUGGGCAGUGUCCGCCGCGCAAAAGACAUCCACUGACGAGUUCACAUUUGGCUGGGUUCGCGCCGAGAUUCUAGGUGCUUUCUUCAACGCCGUCUUCCUUAUCGCCCUCUGCGUUUCCAUCGUCCUCGAAGCCCUUACCCGAUUCAUCGAACCCCCGGAGAUCAGCAACCCCAAGCUCAUGCUUAUCGUGGGUUCCGCUGGUCUCUUCUCGAACUUUGUCGGUUUCUUUGUCCUCGGUGGCCAUGGUCACUCCCACGGACCUGGUGAGGGUGGUCACGACCAUGACCAUGAUCACGGACAUUCCCACAACCAUGCCCACGAUGAGGAGGAAGGCAACGCUGGCUUCCAUACCCACGGCUCACUCGCUGAUGAAAGUGGCCGUGCCGCUGAGGUCUUGCCCGAGAUUGUUAUUCGCCGCGCAACUGCUCCCAAGAAGUCUAACGGUAAAUCCAACGAUCAGCGAAACAGCCGCGAUACAUCCUCCCGAGGUCGUGACCACCAUCGAUCCAGCAGAAGUGGACAUGCUCGUUUCGCUAGUCUUGAUGACUUGAGCAUCCACCCAGCUAGUUUCCGACAGAGCAUUAUCGACGCUACUCGAAGUGAUGUUAACGAAGCCACGAGCGAGAGCGAGACCGAUGCCGAGAAUUCCCCAAUCUUGGAGGAGGAUGAGGCGAACGAAGAGUCGCCUCUUCUUAAGGGCGUCGCCAAGAACGGCUCAUCGAUUGGCCACGACAGGAACGGCUCUCACACCCACUCCCAUUCACACUCUCGACGACCUCGACGGGACUCGAGCGUUCACCACGGUCACCACCACACCCUUCCCAAGGAGGCUGGCAAGAAGGAUAGCCAUGGCCACAACCACGCUGAUAUGGGUAUGAACGCCAUGAUUCUUCAUGUCAUUGGAGAUAUGCUUGGCAACAUUGGAGUCAUGGUUACGGCUCUUAUCAUCUGGCUUACCGACUGGCCUGGUAAGGUCUACGCCGAUCCUGCUGUCUCCUUGUUCAUCACGGCUAUCAUCCUCAAGACAUGUAUCCCUCUUACUAGAGGCACUGCGCGAGUUCUACUGCAAGCCACCCCCGAGCAUAUCAGCGUUCCCGAGAUCCGACAAGAUAUCGAAGCUCUUCCUGGCGUUAUCACCUGCCAUCACAUCCACGUCUGGCAACUCUCGGACACCAAGCUCGUUGCAAGCAUGCAUCUCCAGGUUUCUUUCCCCAUUGACUCUCACAGUGGUGAGAAGUACAUGGAACUGGCUCGACGCGCCCGCAAGUGCCUCCAUGGUUUCGGUAUUCACAGCGCCACGAUACAGCCUGAGUUUUGUUUCGACCAGAAGCACGCGCACGACGCUGAGGCUGCUGCUCUUGCUUUUGAUGGCACCGCCGACUCAAACAAGGGGGAUAGCUGUCUCCUUGAGUGCAUCGACGACUGCCAAGCUCAGGGCUGUUGUCCCGCAGAUGCAUCAUCUAGGGGUUCAUCUGUGAGACGGGCUAGUGAAUCGUCGCACAGCGCAGCUAGUCCUCACGCACACGAUCACGACCAUAGCCACGAUCAUGAUCACAGCCACAGCCAUGAUCACCAGCAUUAA